GAUUCAUGAAUUAGAUUUCGAGGAUAUAGGACAUAGAAAGUGACAAAUCGGCGAAGGAAUUAUAAUUACAUUCAAUCAACCAAGAUCUAAUACCAAAAGCAAAGAUUCAAUUUUGAUUUUUGGGUAUCGCCGGCAGCUUCUCCCACUUUGCCUGUGACCAAAACAGUGUUGAAGAUGGUGAGCAAAACAGAGGAAGAGCAACUGAUUAGAUUGGAGAGCCAAGUGGAAAACGGCGGCGGCGGCGCGUGGGAGUACCUCUGUCUCGUCAGGAAGCUCAAGCUCCGCCGCUCCGACAAGGUCUUCAAGUACGGCUCCGCCAUUCUCAGCGACGCUAGGAAGCGAUCUGCGCUUGGCCCAGAAGAGUGGACUUUAUAUGAACAAGUUGCUAUUGCUGCGAUGGACUGCCCGCGUCUUGAUGUGGCAAAGGAGUAUAUCAAGGUCUUGCAGGGAAAGUUCCAUGAGAGUAAACGAGUUGGAAGGCUGGAAGCUAUGUUGCUUGAAGCCAAAGGUCUAUGGGCAGAAGCUGAAAAGGCCUACUCCAGCCUUUUAGAAGAAAGUCAAUUCGAUCAGGUGAUACACAAAAGAAGAGUGGCAAUGGCUAAGGCACAAGGAAAUCUCUCAGGAGCAAUUGAGUGGUUAAACAAGUAUCUUGAAAUAUUCAUGGCUGAUCAUGAUGCAUGGAGAGAACUAGCAGAAGUUUACGUCUCUCUACAAAUGUAUAAGCAAGCUGCCUUCUGUUAUGAGGAGCUGCUCUUAUCACACCCUACCAUUCCACUAUACCACCUCUCCUAUGCUGAUGUUCUCUACACACUUGGAGGAGUUGAAAAUCUUCACGCGGCAAAGAAAUAUUAUGCAGCAGCUAUAGAUUUGACUGGUGGCAAGAACACUCGGGCUCUUUUCGGCAUAUGCCUGUGUGCUUCGGCUAUUGCACAGUUGACUAGAGGCCGCAACAGGGAUGAUAAGGAGAACUCGGAACUGCAUUCUCUCUCAGCAGCAGCAUUAGAGAAAGCCUAUAAGCAGGAAUCCCCUACCAAAGUUUCGGUCCUAAGCUCUGCGCUGAGAAGUUUGAAGGUCUCAUCAUGAUCAACAACUCAGCCAUAGCUCGUUGCUUGAUUCAGUGAAAGGCCAUGCCGUGUCUCAGGAUCGGUAUAUUGGGAAACCUUAUUGUUCGGCCUGCUUCUUACAGUUGAGCAACUCGAUUUUUAUAUUAGAGCAAAUUGUUUUCAAUAUGAUUGUUGGUGAAACUAGAGGAUUAUAACUGAUUCCAUGUAUUUUAUAGGAAUAAUAGAUUUCUACUUUUCCAAUAGAUGUUGCACUGUGAUUGUUUUUCAUAAAAAAUCAAGGUUUUGAGUUUUA